AUGCUGCGCCGUGCGACAGACAUCGUCCUCGCAGACGGCGCGCCCAUCCCGCUCCAGUACGGAGCGACCCAGGGCUACGGCCCCCUGCUCCACUCACUCGCAGAGUUCCUGUCCGCGCAGGACUCCUAUACCUCACCAGUCUCGCCCCAAGAACUGUUCCUAACGGCAGGCGCGUCGCAGGCAAUUGAUCACACCACCACCCUGUUCACCCAGACGGGCGACACCGUCUUCGUCGAAGAGCCGACCUACUACCUGAUACAAAGCAUCUUCGAGGAUCACGGACUGAAAGUCGUAGGCGUGCCCACCGACAACGACGGCCUACGAAUGGAUGCCCUCGAAGCGAUGCUCGCAGACCGGUCCGUGCAAGCGCCGAAGAUGCUCUACAUCAUUCCCACCUACCAGAACCCCAGCGGCAGCGUGCUCCCAGCCGACCGACGCAGCAAGCUCGUCGAACUAGCGCAGCAGCACGGCUUCCUCGUGCUCGCCGACGAGGUUUAUAACCUGCUGUACUACGGCAAGCCGCCACCCCCACCAAUCGCGUCCUUCGACACCUCCGAGGAUGGCUGCAUUAUCUCGCUCAGCUCAUUCUCGAAGAUACUAGGCCCCGGCCUGCGGACAGGAUGGCUUCAAGCGCGCCCUCCGCUCAUACAGCGCUUCGCCACCGCAGGCCUCACCAUAAGCGGCGGCGGCCUGAACCACUUCACAUCCACGCUAGUUCACGCCGUCUUAGAGCAAGGCAUGCUUGAGGACAACAUCGCAAUCCUCCGCAGCACCUACGGCGAGCGUGUUUCCGCAAUGUCUGCCGCAGUGCGAAAGCACCUCGGCGAUGCGGUUGACUUCACCGCGCCCGGCGGCGGCUACUUCUUCUGGCUGACCUUCAACGACAGCACCAACACCGACGCGCUCCUUCGCAUCGCGCAGGAACACGGCGUCAACUAUCGCCCCGGCACCGCCUUCUCCGCCCAAGGUGCGUUCACGAACGCCAUCCGCCUCGCCUUCGCCCUCUACGAACCCGACAUGCUCGCAGAAGGCAUCCGCCGCAUCGCAGAAGCGCAUAAGACCUCGCAGUGA